UGCUCAAAUACGUGGUAGAGAAUUGACCGGUAAUGGCCAACAUUCUCCUCUCAGACAACCUGAGUGAUCCCUAUCGAAUAUUUUGAAGUAGUUAAAUCUUGUUACAGGGACUGAAACUACUCACCUAACACUACUCCCAUUCCAGCCAUAGACUAGUUUCUCACAUUUAUUAGACUCAGUCCCCACCACCUUUCUCAUUUCACGCUCACUUUCCCUCCAUCAUCUAAUAAGGAUUUCUGUUGCUCCUCUCAUUUCAGAAGCUAAACAGUUGCCAUGAAGAAAUCCGACAUCAAUCAAGUUUAUGUCCAAAGCAUCAUAGUUCCCAAAAAAGCCAUCUCCAUAGCUGAUAGUUUUGAAGAGAAGGAACCCUCAUGGUACAGUUUGAAUUAACUAACCAUGGUUCAGGCCUUCUCAAUCUCAACCAAGCGAUUAGAAUUUGAUUGGAAGACAGCUAUAGCAAUUGUGUUUGGUUCUAGAGAAUGCCUAAGCUAAAGUUUGUUACUGGCCAAAUUCCAACAGAUCUAUCAAUCCAAGUUCAAGAUAUCACUUUUACAGUCCACAAGUAUCCUUUGGUAUCAAAAUGUGGCUACAUAGGCCGUCUAGAACUUCAGCCUUCAAUUUCAAAUGAAUAUGAAAUUAAGCUUGAAAACUUCCCAGGUGGAUCAGAAAUAUUCGAAGUCAUUCUGAAGUUUUGUUAUGGUCUUCCAAUAGACUUAAACCCUAACAACAUAGUAGCACUAAGAUGUGCAUCAGAAUUCCUAGAGAUGAGUGAAGAACUUGAAGAUGGAAACCUCAUGUCAAAGACAGAAGCUUUCCUCACAUUUGUCGUCCUUUCCUCAUGGAAAGAUACCAUUACUGUUCUUAAAUCUUGUGAAGCUUUAUCUCCAUGGGCAGAAAAUCUCCAAAUUAUUAGAAUAUGUUGCGACUCAGUAGCAUGGAAAGCUUCCAGAGAGAAUUCAUUAAUGGCAGACAUAGUUGAUGAAGGGGGAUCGUUGUUUGAUGAUGUAGCCACCCUUAGGAUUGAUCAUUUCAUGAGGAUUAUAACUGCAAUAAGAGCAAAAGAAGCAAGACCAGAGAUCAUAGGAAAGUGUAUAAUGUGCUAUGCAGCAAGAUGGUUGCCAGGCAUGAACAUAGAAUCAGAAGGACUAAGAAGUUAUGGGUAUGGAAAAACUGAGUUGCAGUAUAGCAUCUUGAGUGGAAGGAACGAAGAUGAGGGUCUUGGACACAACAAUGAGACAAAGACCAUUAUUGAAAGCCUGGUAAGCCUACUUCCUCCUCAACGAGAAGCUGUCCCAUGUAAGUUCUUGUUGAAGAUGUUAAAGAUGGCCAUUGUGUAUUCAGCAUCACCAUCUUUGAUUGUGGAGCUAGAGAAGAGAGUGGGGCUGACAUUGGAGAACACCAGCGUGAAUGAUCUUUUGAUUCCUAAUUACAAAAAUGAAGAUCAAGGGAAAAUGAUUGACCUAUACAACAGACAACCAGGACAACACACGAUGCACAACAUAGAUGUGGUACAACGAAUUGUGGAAUACUUUUUGAUGCAUGAACAAGAGCAGCAGCAGCAACAACUGCAACCAAUGUCAGCGAAAUCAAAUGUUAGUAAGCUCAUGGACAACUACCUAGCUGAGGUUUCAAGGGACCCAAAUCUUUCGAUUACCAAAUUUCAAGUUUUGGCAGAAGCACUACCAGAAAAUGCCCGAACAUGUGAUGAUGGUCUAUAUAGAGCCAUUGAUACCUAUCUUAAGACUCAUCCUUCACUCUCUGAGUGCAACCGGAAAAAGCUAUGCAAAGUUAUGAACUGUGAGAAAUUAUCACUCGAAGCAAGCAUGCAUGCAGCACAAAAUGACAGGUUGCCUCUAAGAACUGUGAUUCAGGUGUUGUUCUCAAAGCAAGUAAAGAUGAGGGCAGCAAUGAGAGGGAAAGAGCCAGUAGCAAAUGGCAAUCACUCAGAACAUGAGGUAAGCCACAAAACAACAAAAACAGAGAUCAUGACCCUGAAAGAAGAACUUGAGAAUGUGAAUGCACAGAUGGCCAAACUGCAAACAGACUACUCUAAGCUGCAAUAUGAAUAUGCAAAGCUAAACAACAAGCAUAGAAAUUUCUUGGGCUGGAGUCUCAGUUGGAAAAAGAUCAGGAAAACAGCUUUUUUCAAUAGAAAAAUAGAUGGGCCUGAAUCCAGUGAAGCACAGCAGAUAUCUAAUCCACUGGCCUCCAAAGUCAACUUUAGAAGACAAACUAUGUCAUAGAUUUAUAAUAAUAAAUAAAAAAGAUAAAUCAAAGUCUCAAUUGUGAUCAAGUCCAUUUAAUUCCAUAUUUACACUGUUUUCUUAAGGUGAGAAAUUAAGAAAGUAUAUAAAUCCUUAGUUCACAUGUA